UCUCCUCAUUUCUUCCGGCUCGAUCGAUCCAGGGAUGUAGCGCCAGGAUCUAGGAUCUGGAUCUCGAUCGAAUCGACUUCUAGUGGUAGCUCGUCGAAUCGGGGGUGGAAUUUUGUAGGUCGCCUCGCCCCCAGAUAUUGCCGAAAAUAUUGCAUUGGAUCGUCGCGAAAGAGGGGACAAGGGGGGAGCGAUGGCGCUUCCGACCGACGUGGAGCUGAUGAGAGCGGCGAGCUCGCGAUCGUGGACGGAAAAUGUCUUCUCGCGCAGCUCGGUCAGGGAGGUGGACGAUGAGGAGGCCCUGAAAUGGGCCGCGCUGGAGAAGCUUCCCACAUACGAUCGCCUCCGGACGGCCAUAAUCAAGAACGUGGGCGAGCAUGGGAGCACUCGCCACGAGCACAUUGAUGUCAAGUCCUUGGGCCUCGUGGAGAGGAGGAAUCUUGUGGAGAAGCUCUUGGCAACAACGGACACGGAGAACGAGAUGUUCAUCCGCAAGCUCCGGGAAAGGAUCGACAGAGUCGGGAUAGACCUUCCCAAAAUCGAGGUGAGGUACGAAGGACUUCAAAUCGAAGCUGAUGUACAUGUCGGCAAGCGAGCUCUACCGACGCUGUUUAACUUUGUCAUCAACAUGUCCCAGCAAAUCUUGGGAAAGUUACACUUGCUCCCUUCUAAGAAACACGUCCUCACGAUUUUGCGCAACGUUAGUGGUAUCGUGAAGCCUUCCAGGAUGACACUUCUGCUGGGCCCUCCUAACGCAGGGAAAACUACGCUGCUUCUGGCGCUUUCUGGAAAGUUGGACCAAAGCCUUAAGGUUUCUGGGAGAGUCACCUACAAUGGCCACACAUUGACUGAAUUUGUGCCUCAAAGGACUUCUGCUUACAUAAGCCAACACGACUUGCAUAGCGGGGAGUUGACAGUGAGGGAGACGUUUGAUUUUGCUUCUAGGUGUCAAGGCGUGGGAAGCAGAUAUGAGAUGAUAACGGAGCUUUCAAGACGGGAGAAAAACGCCAAGAUCAAACCGGAUCCCGAUGUUGAUGCGUUCAUGAAGGCGUCGGCUAUAGAGGGUCAGGAGACCUCCAUUGUAACGGACUAUGUGCUGAAGAUUUUGGGUUUGGACGUUUGUUCUGAUAUACUUGUCGGAGACGCCAUGCGCAGGGGUAUUUCUGGAGGACAAAAGAAGCGUGUCACUACAGGAGAGAUGCUCGUUGGGCCUGCAAAGUCUCUUUUCAUGGACGAGAUUUCAACCGGUCUUGACAGCUCGACCACAUUUCAGAUAGUGAAGAGCUUAAGGCAGUUUGUCCAUGUGCUCGAUGCUACCAUGGUCAUCUCCUUGCUCCAGCCUGCUCCCGAGACGUUUGAGCUUUUCGACGACUUGAUUCUUCUAUCGGAGGGGCAGAUUGUAUAUCAGGGCCCCCGGGAACUCGUGUUGGAUUUCUUCGAGACGCAGGGAUUUAAAUGUCCUCCGAGGAAAGGUGUCGCAGACUUUUUGCAAGAAGUUACGUCAAGGAAAGACCAGGAACAGUAUUGGGCUGACAAGAGGAUGCCAUACAGAUUUAUACCUGUCCAGGAGUUCGCGGAUGCCUUUCAAAAGUUCCAUGUCGGUCAGAACAUUGCUGAAGAAUUGGCGCGGCCUUUUGACAAGAGUAAAAGCCAUCCGGCAGCUCUUGUCACUCAGAAGUACGCUCUUAGUAACUGGGAGCUUUUCAAGGCUCUCUUGGCGCGGGAGAUACUUUUGAUGAAGAGGAACUCAUUCGUCUACGUGUUCAAAAGUUGUCAGCUGAUUGUUAUAGCCGUAAUCACGAUGACUGUGUUUCUCCGGACCGAAAUGCAUCACAGAACUGUUGGCGAUGGCAGUCUCUACAUGGGAGCCUUGUUCUUCGGCCUGAUGAUCGUCAUGUUUAAUGGAUUUGCGGAGUUGUCGAUGACCAUUGCGCGCCUUCCAGUAUUUUACAAGCAGCGGGACCAGAUGCUAUUUCCUGCGUGGGCAUUUUCUCUUCCUAACGUGAUCACUCGAAUUCCAGUGUCCCUGCUCGAAUCAGCACUUUGGGUGUGCAUGACGUACUACGUGGUUGGAUUUGCUCCUAGUGCCGCCAGGUUCUUCCAGCAGUUCCUUCUCAUGUUCCUAAUUCAUCAAAUGUCGGGAGGUCUUUUCCGAUUCAUUGCUUCACUUUCUCGGACUAUGGUUGUAGCAAACACCUUCGGCUCUUUCACGCUGCUGAUAAUUCUUGCCCUCGGUGGUUUUCUUCUUUCUAGAGAGGACGUUGAACCUUGGUGGAUUUGGGGAUAUUGGUCGUCGCCCAUGAUGUACGCACAGAAUGCGCUUGCCGUGAACGAGUUCAGUGCAUCAAGAUGGCAGAUUCUCGAAAAUGCCAAUCAGACCACCACCAUUGGCAACCAAGUUCUAGAGUCUCGAGGCCUGUUCCCCAAUAAAAACUGGUAUUGGCUUGGAACUGGUGCUCAGUUGGCUUAUGCCAUUCUCUUCAACGUUGUUUUCACUUUGGCACUCGCUUACUUCAGUGCUCCUGGGAAACCGCAGGCCGUAGUGUCUGAGGAAAUACUAGAAGAGCAGAACAUGAAUCGUACCGGCGAAGUCUCAGAAAGAUCAGUGCAUGCAAAAUCAAAGCGAUCGGGCAGAUCUUCUAAUGCAGGAGAUUUGGAGCUUACGUCUGGUCGAAUGGGUGCCGAUUCUAAAAGGGGAAUGAUACUCCCGUUUCAACCUUUAGCAAUGUCAUUCAAUCAUGUUAACUACUACGUUGACAUGCCCGCGGAAAUGAAGCAACAAGGCGUGACAGAAAAUAGAUUACAGUUGCUGCACGACGUAAGCAGUAGCUUCAGGCCUGGAGUUCUCACGGCUCUUGUCGGUGUAAGCGGUGCUGGAAAGACAACUCUCAUGGAUGUUUUAGCCGGGCGUAAAACUGGUGGCUACAUUGAAGGCGACAUUCGCAUCUCCGGCUAUCCCAAAAACCAGGCUACUUUUGCUAGGAUUUCGGGUUAUUGCGAACAGACUGACAUUCAUUCACCCAACGUUACAGUGUACGAGUCACUUGUUUAUUCUGCUUGGCUCCGACUAUCGGAUGACAUUGAUAAGGGGACGAAAAAGAUGUUUGUGGAAGAAGUUAUGGAGCUUGUAGAGCUUAACCCUCUCCGGGAUGCGUUGGUUGGUCUCCCUGGAGUUGAUGGACUUUCGACCGAGCAGCGGAAACGACUGACAAUUGCCGUGGAGCUCGUUGCAAAUCCUUCAAUUAUUUUCAUGGACGAGCCAACUUCCGGACUGGAUGCACGAGCGGCAGCAAUUGUCAUGAGAACGGUCCGCAACACUGUCGACACCGGUCGCACUGUCGUCUGCACCAUUCAUCAGCCUAGCAUUGACAUUUUUGAGGCCUUCGAUGAGCUUCUGUUGAUGAAACGCGGAGGGCGCGUUGUCUACGCAGGUUCCUUGGGAAAGAACUCGCACAAACUUGUUGAAUACUUUCAGGGUAUUAGCGGUGUUCCUAACAUAAGAGAAGGAUACAAUCCAGCUACAUGGAUGUUAGAGGUUACCGCUGCAGACGUGGAGAAUCGUCUGGGAGUAGAUUUUGCGGACAUCUAUAAAACUUCUUCAGUCUACCAGCACAAUGAAGCUAUUAUUACUCAGCUGAGCACUCCGGUUCCCGGCACGGAGGACAUAUGGUUUCCAACGCAAUACCCUCUGUCGUUCCUCGGACAGGUCAUGGGAUGCUUGUGGAAACAACAUCAGUCAUACUGGAAAAAUCCAUACUACGUUCUGGUUCGCAUGUUCUUCACCUUGGUUGUCGCGAUAAUAUUUGGCACAAUGUUUUGGGACAUCGGCUCCAAAAGAUCACGAGAACAAGACCUCUUUAAUCUGAUGGGAUCUAUAUACGCUGCUGUGCUCUUCAUUGGGUUCAGCAAUUCGUCAGGAGUGCAGCCAGUCGUUGCUAUCGAGCGAACGGUCUACUAUCGAGAAAGAGCCGCUGGAAUGUACUCUCCCCUUCCAUAUGCUUUUGCUCAGGUCCUGAUCGAGAUUCCCUACGUGUUCGUGCAAGCCUUCGCGUAUGGACUCAUUGUGUACGCGACGAUGCAGCUGGAAUGGACAGCAGCCAAGUUCUUGUGGUUCCUCUUCUUCUUGUACAUGACGUUCCUCUACUUCACGCUCUACGGCAUGGUGACGGUGGCGCUGUCACCCAACGACCAGAUUGCAACCAUCGUAUCCUCGGCAUUCUACGGAAUCUGGAACCUGUUCUCUGGCUUCAUCAUCCCUCGACCGGCGAUUCCAGUGUGGUGGAGGUGGUACUACUGGGCCUCGCCACCGGCGUGGUCUCUCUACGGCCUCCUCACGUCUCAGCUGGAGAAAUCUUCCGUCUCACGCGGGAGAAUAUGCCACGAAAUUAAGGGGGAAUUGAAACGCGGGAUAGUUUGGGGACUUCUGGGGGAGGCGGUGGCUGCCAGGGCGUCCUAG